AUGUCCUCUGCUCAUGAUGCCACCACCAAGAUCUCCAUCGACAAGUUCGACGGCGACAACUACGCGACGUGGAGCCGCUACAUGCGUGGCGUGUUCCUGACCAAGUCGGCGUGGCACGUGGUGAACCGGGAGACCACCCCCACCUUCGCCGAUCCUCGCGCCAGUGACGACUACGUCAAGACGAACAACAUUGCGUUCGGCUUGAUGCUUCUGCACAUGAGCGCGGAUUAUCAUCACGUGGUUGAUGACUGUGAAGAGGCGUGGGUCGCGUGGGCGCGUUUGAAGACGCUGUACGGCGGGUCGCAGAAGGCUGGACGCAUCUACUUGAAGCGCCAGCUGUUCAGCAUGGAGAUGGCGGAAGGCGGCAAUGUGAUGCAUCAUUGCAACGAAGUCCUCAACAUCAGCGCGAAGCUCAGCAGCAUCGGCGCCAAGAUGGAGGACGAGGACGUGGCGAUCUGCUUGUUGCGCAGCCUCCCCAAGAGCUACGAGAACGUCGUUCUCAACUUGGAGAUGAGCAGCGCGGAACUGCGAUCGCGAGACGUCGUGAGAGUGCUCACGAAUGAGCACAUCAAGAGGCAAGGUGACAAGACGACAUCGGUGAAGACUGAAGACGCGGCGGAGGCGUUCAGUACCGAGCGUGAACCUCGCCAAUGUACAUACUGCGGAAAAUUGGGGCACACGGCGGAGCGGUGCUGGACCAAGCAGAAGGACGAAAAUCAAGGUGGAGCUCGACGCGGCGGCAACAAUGCUCGUGGACGCGGAGCCAACAAUGUUCAGUGGCGAACCAACAGCAACUACGACGACAACUACGAUCGAGUUGCGUUCGCGGUUUCGCUGGAGGCUGGACUUUCGACGGGCAAGAAUAUGCCAGGGAUGUGGGCAGUCGACAGCGGUGCGACGCAUCACAUCUGCAACGACAAGGCCAAGUUUGCAAGUCUGAAUGAGCGAGAGGAAGGCAAACUAUCAGUGGCUGAUGGCAGCAAGGCUGCGAUCAAGGGUGUGGGAACCAUCAUGGAACGGGUGGUUCUGCCCAAUGGUGACGAACGCGACAUCGAGAUCAAGGACGCACUGUUCGUACCAAGUAUGAGCAAGAAUCUGCUUUCGGUGCCACAGAUCAACAAGGGUGGCAGGUUCCAAGUCGUGUUCGAUGGAUCCAAGAUGCAAGUGAAGCGCAAGAAUUCCACACAAGUCGUGGCAACAGCGGAUCUCGUCGAUGGACUUUACUGGCUGCGAACUCCUCAACGAUCGGCAAAUGCAGCAACACGCAAUGGGACCAUCGACGUGCAUGCGCGCAUGGGUCAUGCACCCCUCGAAGUUCUGCGCAAGAUGGUGGCCACUGGCAUGAUCAAGGACGCCAAGGCACCUCUCAACUCGACUGGUCCAAGUGUGUGUCGCGGUUGA